AUGGCGUUUUUAUUUCCAACACCGUUUUAUCUGUUCACAAUUCUAUUUUAUUCAAUAUCACACAGCCUUUCAAUUGAAAGUAGUGCAGGGUAUCCCGCUGCGUGGAAUCAGAUGCAAUCUUAUUUUGGACAUCAAGGAUACCGAGCACCUAUUCCAACGCUUGGUGAUCUUUGUAACAAUUUGGCCCUGGUUCGACAUCAGAAGUUGAUAUGCAUACUCUGCAGAGGAUUCGACCGUUCAUGUUUAUUCCAAACAACAACGCCUCCGUCGACGAGUACGUCGACUUCUACGGCUCCUUCAACUACCACGACCUCGACUUCUACGACUUCUACAACUUCUACAUCUACGACUACAACGGUUGCACCUGCGGAGACGUAAAUUAUAGUAAUGACCACCCU